GGGGUCCUGCAUCCGGCCGUUGUCAAGGGCAACAGCUGACAGAUAAAUUUGUUAUUGUAUUUUUUUGAUGGUGUGAUGUGUGUGUGUGUGUGUGUGGGGGGGGGUGUUGCCCUGCGACCACGUUGUUUGUCUGCAGUCAUUAUCGACGUCACGACCCCCUAGCAGGUGAACUGAUGUUUUUAAUGUCGCGUUUACGUCGUGACGUCGCGCGCGUGCCCGCCGCUGCUCCUCCUUCCCAUUCACGGAGCGACUCGAGGCGGAGGUGAUGCGCCUCCGUGAACCGGAUCCCCCCUCCCCUCCCCGCUCAGACAGCGCUGCGGGCCCUUUAAGGGUGAUGAAGCGGGGCCAGCUGAUGUAGGACGAGCCGGGCGCGCGCGCUUCCGCCGCCAUCCCAUCAUGGCCUCCGCACCGCGCGCAUCGCCGACGGGCCCUUCCCUCCCCGCUCCGGACGCAGUCAAGCCCAAACAGCGGCACCGGUGAAGGCGGCGGGGAGAUCUGCGCCCCAACCCCCAUCCCUCCCCCACCGGGCCUGCCCCUCCAUGCCGUCCUCCAAAACCAGGUCCAGCUUCUGCAUCGAGGGGGGCGGAGCCAUGAGCCGGGAGCUGUCGGUGAACCUGUCCGUGCAGCAGGUACUCGGCCUCUGGGUGCAGGGCGCGGCGCUGCAGCACUUCACAGAGAUGUGGUACUGGGUGUUCCUCUGGUGUCUCUUCUCCUCGCUCUUCGUGCACGGCGCCAUGGGGCUGCUGAUGCUGAUCCUGCUGCAGCGCCACAGGUGGGGCCGCCUCAUCACGGUGGUGCUGGUCAGCGGGGGCUUCCUGGCCUCCCUCUCUGGGGGGGUCAUCACCAGCGCGGCGGUGGCGGGCGUUUACCGCGUGGCCGGGAAGGACAUGGCUCCUCUGGAGGCCCUGAUCCUGGGCGUGGGGCAGACCAUGCUCUCCAUCAUCAUCUCCUUCUCGCGUGUCCUGGCUACGCUGUGAGGAAGACCAAUCAGGAGGAGAGAGGAGGAGAAUCCAGUAAAGACUUGGAGCUGCUUCAAGGGAGGAAGAAGGAAGUGCUCCGAACCUUUGAUAGAGCGCCCCCCAGUGUUUCUGCAGCGAUGCUGCAGACUCUGCAUGCAGCUCUGUGGUCCAGUUCUGCCACGUUCCUGCCAGAUCCUUGCAUCCAAAGCCUGCUGAUGCUUCUGCAGCCGUGGACUGAAUGUCUCCAGCUGCACGAGGAAGCUUCACACAGAGACGUGGUCAGGAAGUCCUGGCAUUAAUAAAGCCAGCAGAGAUCAUCAGCAUUAAACUGCAGCUUCCGGUUGUGGUCGUCCAACAGCGAUAAGAAGUUUUGAAUUUUGCACUUUGUAGGCUCUGUGAAGUCAGAGAUGCAGAAAGAUGUGCCAUCAGGAACUCUGGACAGAGGCUGAACUUCUGGAGGAACCAAAUGUUGCCAAGAAAACUGGCUUCAGAAGUUUCAAAUUAAGACUUUUACAAAGAGAAUAGAAGAGAUUCUAACUUUAAUGACAAGAUAAUGCAAGAAAAUGCUCCACAGCUUCCCCUGCAGACCUGACUACGCAAGUAAAUAUGUUUUUCUCCAUUAAAACAACAAAAAAACAUUCUCAGCAAUGAAAACAAAGAUAGAAACUAAAUUCAACAAAUGAAUUCCAAUAAUAAAAACAUUAAAUCUGUAAAAACAAACUCCUGGACUUCUCUUUUUGGUCCAAAUAAUCAAAAUUUGUUCACAAAUUUGACGAAAAUAUGGAUGAAGGAAGCUGUUCCUAGUUAUCUUGCUUCAGCCUCUUCAUCAUCAUCAUCAUCAUCAUCAGAUGUGUGAGGCUUCAAAGCAGUUUGAGAAUGCCAUAGGUUAUCAAAUGGAAAAACGCCAAAGUUCUGCUUCACUCGUCUGUUUUUCUGACGCUGCUGCAUCGAUCCCCUUCAUCCAGUUUGGGACGUUUUUUGCACUUUUUGCUAGUUGUGAGGGAAAAAAACGAUCAAGAUGUUUGUGCCAUGAUGUUUGUGAGCAGAUGAGCGCCUCCGUCAGUCUUAGCUUUGCCCACAGGGGGGCAGUGUUGCACUGGAGUGUUUUCAUGAACUGACCCUGGUCCCGCCCGCUUCCCCUUUGGAUACAGGCCGUGUGAACAGAUGUGGGGACAAUCCAACGCUGUUUCAUAAUGUAAAAUAUCUUCUUUUUUUAACAAUUUUUUACCUGCUGAACCUGAUAUUUAUAACUGCUGCCUCUUUCUGUACAAACUGCCCCCUGAACUGUUUCGCUCUGCAGUCGGGUGGAAUAAAGAUGUUUUCAGAAUGAGCUCUCUGAUCUCAUGUUUCCACAUCGCAGACCUUCAGGGUGAAGGUAAUCGGAAACUUUCUCUGCUCCUUUAACUCGUCUUCUUGUCUGUUCCAACAGGAACUCAUUAAGAUGAAGAAUACUGAGAGAACUCCACAAAGGUUUUAACUUUAUUAACAUGUAUAAAAGUAGCAAUCAGUUCUGGACUGUGUUGGACUUCAAUAAUAUUUCUUCAUAUUUUUCUCAGUUUUUAAUUUAUUUUCUAUUUUUAUUCCAAAAAGACUUUUAUAAUCCAUAGUAGAACAUUAAGUCAUGUAUUUUAUUUUAUUUUUUUAAGGUUUGUCCACUAGGUGGCACUUUUUAAAAAAAGGCAUGGCUUUUUCAUAGCUGAAGAAGAAUGUUUUCCUUUCAAAAUGUGAUAUUUUUCUUAAAAAAAGAAAAAAAAAAGAUGAAAACAGAGCUUCAUUCAAAUAAAUCCAAUAUGUCCACCUAUCUACGGGUUCUCCUGCUACCUUACAGCCCCUCACAACUCCAAGCUAACAUUACAGUGCGACAAAAAACGACAACCAAUAUCGAAGACGUACAUGGAUCUACUAACGUGUUAGUGACUUUGCAGUGGGCCCUUUCAAAAUAAGGGCCCCUAGUGACUCCUACAGUAGAUCCAUCCAGCGCCCAGCGGCAAAAAUAUACAAAGAAUGCUUAUUUACUGGUUAAUAUGUUGAGCAGGGAACGCCCUGGACAGACGGCCAAUCAAACCCAAAGCCAAAAUGCUCAAAGUAAAUAAUUAUAUCAGUUCAGGAAUCCCAGCAAAGAGUGACAGAGGUUUGGUGCUAAAGUCAUUCGAAUGGCAGAAACAAAGUGUAACUAGAUGCUGGUUUGUUAUGAAUCAGAGUCUCUAAGGGCCUGAGGAGACACUGGAUUUAGCAAUGCUGAUUGUUGUCUGAACUUUAUUGAAUCUGCCCACGGAGCGUUCAUAAAAGGCUGAAAAUUAAUGCGUAAAUAAGAAAAAUAAUUCCUGUUGAAUUUGAAAUGUCUUCCAGCCCAAUCAGAACUAAAAAUGUGGUAAAACUGUACGACUCCGGGCAGGUUGAUGGAUGCAGCUCUCCUUUAAAGACUUCUGAAGGCGGUUUUUAUCUCACUGUUGCAAUAACUGUAGCCACGCCCACAUUUGUCCCCAUCUUGACUCAGACGUGCAUCCUGAGUCAUUUCAGGACCAACAGGAUCUUCAGGUGAAGCCUCAGAGGUGGAGCAGAUUCUGUCUGAACUUCAGCUCUGGAAUCUGAUAAAGACUUGAUGAGUUUGAAAAUGGAGAUCCAGAAUGCUUGGGUCAACAGACGCAUAAAUCAACGGAAUGAAACUUUUAAACAGCACUUGGGUAAUCUGAUUACAUUAAAUAUCUCUUCUUUUGUCACUUUCCUCUUGAGUUUAAUAAGAAGGAGGAGCAGACUUCAUUUUCUGCAGCUUCAUACGUACUUAAACUGAUUGAAAUCAGCUAAACCUGAGCAGUGAUUCAGGAGUUUGGAUCCUUCAGUUUGGAUGAGAGCCUGCAGUGCUCAGAACUGUCCACCAGAGGGCACCAUUUAACAGUGAACAUGAACAGUUCUCAGAUUUCUGAUUAAAGUUUUAUCCAGACUUUUUCACGACUGAGAAGAUAAAGAAAAAUGUCAAUUUUCUCGGUAAGUUAUUGGAAUAAAAAAUGA